CCCAUGCCUAGACAGCUGCCGCGAAACCGUGCUCCCCAACCCAGACGCAACUAACACCCCUUGCCAAACCCUCACUCGCGACCUGCGGGAGGUCUGGAGGGUGGGAUCAUGGCCGGGAAGUUCCUAGCGGUCCUGCUGCCUCUGCUACUGUGCCUGGCUGGCCUCGUAGGCCUUCUGCUGCUCUUCAUCCCCACCAGGGACGUCCGGGAGCCACCAGCCUUCAAGUAUGGCAUCGUCUUAGAUGCUGGAUCUUCCCACACAGCUAUGUUUGUCUACAAGUGGCCAGCUGACAAGGAGAAUGAUACGGGCAUUGUGAGCCAGCAUAGCAUGUGUGAUGUCCAAGGCGGUGGUAUCUCCAGUUAUGCAGAGGAUCCCCCUGGGGCAGGUCAAAGCUUGGUAGACUGUCUCAACCAAGCAAUGCAAGAUGUGCCCAAGGAGAGACACUCAGUCACUCCCCUCUACCUGGGUGCCACUGCCGGCAUGAGACUUCUAAACCUGACCAGUCCAGCUGCUUCAGACAGUGUCCUUUCAUCAGUGACUGACACAUUAUCCCAAUACCCCUUUGACUUCCGAGGGGCCCGGAUUCUGUCUGGCCAGGAUGAGGGAGUCUUUGGCUGGGUGACUGCCAACUAUCUCUUAGAGAACUUCAUAAAGUAUGGCUGGGUAGGGCAGUGGAUCCGACCAAGGCAGGGGACAGUGGGGGCCAUGGACCUAGGUGGGGCAUCCACCCAGAUCACCUUUGAGACAGCCAGCCAGACUGAGGACCCUGCCAAUGAGGUCAAGUUGCAACUCUAUGGCCAGAGCUACAGAGUCUACACCCACAGUUUCUUAUGCUAUGGUAGAGAUCAGAUCCUUAAGAGAUUGCUGGCUGGUGUGCUUCAGAGUCAUAGUUCACAUCCUUGCUGGCCGGUAGGCUAUACAAGGAAAUUCUUCCCAAAGGAUGUGUACACAUCACCUUGUACUUCAGCUCAGAGACCUCGGCACUAUGAUGUCAAUACCGAGGUGACCCUUUCUGGGAGCGGCAAUCCUAUCCUCUGCCAGCAGCUUGUUUUAGAUCUUUUCAACUUCUCGUCCUGCCCUUUCUCCCAAUGCUCCUUCAAUGGCAUUUUCCAGCCUCCUGUGGCCGGGAACUUCAUUGCCUUCUCUGCAUUCUACUAUACUGUGGACUUCCUUCAGAAGGUGAUGAAGCUACCUGUGACCUCUCCAGGGGAACUGGGCACUGCAGCCAAUGCUUUGUGCAAGGAGUCAUGGGUAAAGCUACUGGAGCGAGCCCCUAGUCAGCAAGCCCGCCUGGCAGAUUACUGUGCCUCUGCCACCUUUGUAUACCAGCUCCUUGUUCAAGGCUACAAAUUUGAUGACCGUACCUUCCCCAGUAUUGCUUUCCAAAAGAAGGCCGGAGACACAUCUAUUGGCUGGGCACUGGGCUACAUGCUGAACCUAACCAACAUGAUUCCACCUGACCAGAGGAAUUUCCGCAAGGGCACGGACUAUGGUUCUUGGGUCGUCUUAAUUCUGCUUUUCAUCCUGGUCAUCCUUGUGGCCUUGGCCAUGCUUUUCUGCUUUGCUCGCUCUUCCAAGUCACAGAGUGCCAUCUAAAUUAGGUGCCUGGUUGGCAUGGGUCAGGCCCUGUCCCCUCUAUGGCCCCCAGCACUGCUGUCCCCUCCUACUAUUCUAGAAGCUGCAGGACUGUGUCCCUUCCCGACAUAGGCUUCAUCAGGACGAUUCACCACCUCUCCCUGGCACUGGGGGCGGUGGGGUGGGGGUGGGGGUGUAUGAAAGGAUUGUAAGGAAAGAAGAGAUUAGAGCAGAGGGAUAACACUUGGGGUUUCCCUUCCUCAGCUUGGGGAAAUCUCUUCUCAUUACUGGUUGAUUCAUUGAGCAGGUUGAACUAUAUGAAAAGUAGAGCCUGGUAGAGGUGAUGACAAUGAUUCUUACCAAAUCUAGACUAAGGCCUCUAGAAUUGGAGAUCCCAGUAACCCAGAAUGUCCCCUAAACCUUGCUCCACACAUCUAGCAGUGAGCCGGUAUUAGUUGGCCUACCAAUGUUACUGGCUUGGGGCAACUUGACUUCCAAGAAGGCUUGGGGAAGACACAGUCAGAACCCAGAUUUGGUAAUUAGUUAGAAGCCCCACAUCUGAUGUGUGUCAUGGAGUAGCAAGGUCCCAGGCUUUAGUCCCAGUUCUCCAACUGAUACUCUGGCUUGGGCUAGAGGCUCCUUCUGCCCUUCUCCUCCAUCUCUGUCUUACUAGAGUCAGACCCUUGUCUUACUGUGGCUCCUGGCAUUCAGGGGUAAGGAUAUUGACUGAGCUACUCAGGUAGCCCUACUCUGUGGCAUGGGGAUGGAGUCUGAUCUCUCCUUGGAGGGCAGCAGUCCUGUUAUCAUGGAGAGGCAGAUAAGGCUUGAUUUGGGGAUGGGGAGUAGAGAUUGGGCUCAGUGGAAGGGAAAAAAAAUCCUGUCCUCAUUUCAAACUACAGAGCUGCCCAGUAUGCUUAUGGUUCUCACUGUGGUUCUUGUAUAACUCAGGGGGGUGUGUGGGAGGGAGGUGGGUGGAGGAGAGAUAGAGAGAAAGACAGAGACACACCAUCUGCAUCUCUCUGUACCUGCCCUCGAAGAGCCAUUGGCAUUCAUCACUUGUAUUAAAAAAGAAAAAAAAAGUUUGUAAUAAAAUGUAU